ACGACAACAUAACCUACAGAGUAAUAGCAUGCGAAGUAUAGAACUUACUCGCGGAAUUGAAAUGAAAAAAAAAUACGACGAGAUGUACUUUUACCAUAUACGUAAAGUUUUUAAAAAAUUUUUACUCGUCUAUAAAGAGAUUAAAGAUUGCUGCAAGGUAGAUACAUAUAUACCUAGAGAGAGACUAGAGAGAUGCCAACAAAUUCUAUAUACGUAUUAGACGGAUACGGAAGUUCAACGUCGAGGGAGACAUUCACAUUUCGCCGGUUUAAAAAUAACCACCCACGAGUAUCACAAAAAUGCUUCCUCUUUUGUUUAUUUUAUUGCGAGCUUGGAAGUUUAAUUGGUGCAACUUUAUGUGUUGGAGCUAUUUUGUCUCUCCGUUUCGUCCUGCUAUAGUAAAAUGCUCAGGAAUCAAAUGAUACCUGUUGUGAUACCAUCUCGAGCUAAAUUACCGUUAUGUUCGUGUUGCGGAUUUAAUUUAAAUUUCGCUUAUCUAAAGUCGUACGCCGGAUUACUUAAGAUUUUACAAUUGAUUAUAGCCGGCCUUUGUAAAAGCUUAUUGAUGAAUUUCGGAUUGAAAUACGCCUCGUUGAUUGGAUUCUCGUACGAUGCAUUUUUAACCACUAUAUCGGGGUCGGUGAUUACAACCACUGUUUUACUUCUAACUUAUAUUUGGUCGGAAAAUUCCAUGCGAUUGGUUCGGUCUUCGUUAUUGGAAGUGUUUUUCAAUGGCAGCACUUGCUUAAAUUUCAUCGGUUCGUGUAGCUGGUUAUUGUUAACUAUUCACACCUUCUUGUAUCCAGAUUUUUUAGCAAUACCAUUUUUCUUCAUUUAUCCAAUCAUGGUAGCUGUAAAUAUUUUAGGAUUCCUACUCAGCUUGAUCUACGGUAUAGAUUGCUACUUAGCAUACAAAUACUACAAAGGAUACCGAUGAUAACCUUGGAACCGAGUAUAAUGAAAGAUUAAUACUGGAACAAUCUCAACUUAUAUGUACAUAGAACUACCUCAUUUAUAAAAUUUUCAAUAAACUUUUCCACUUUGGUAAACUUUAUACUCUCAUUGUACAGUCAAAGUUUUAGUAAAAGUGGCGCACACUGUAAAAUGUAUAUCGUAUAUCGUAUACCUACCUACGAUAUUAAAAAAAAAGGUAUACAAUUACAUAACACCCACGCCUGCCUUUACCACACUCGCACUCGUACGCGAAUUAAUUAUGCACAUUA